AUUGGCAGCUGAUUUCGCUUGAACAUGUAAAAGUUUUGAUUUGUUUUCAUCAACAGAAUAGACAGUUAAAGUAUCUUAUUCAAUUGUAAUAACGUUUAAAUAUAAGUGAAUUCUUACUGAUAUGAUUAAGCAGCGUAGAAAAAGAAAUGAGGACGAUGACAUGGCAUCUGCACCAUUGGACAAGGAAAACAAAAAUCAAGAUGAAAAUCCACCAAAGCGACGUAGCGAACGUUUGACACGUAAUACGCGCUCCAUGGCUGAGGAUGAUAUUGUUAUACCUGAGGAAAUAGAAAUCAAACGCAAGUUGCCCUUCAUAAAGUACAAAGGCAAAAUAAAAUACUUUACUGAAGGACACGAAAUAGCCGAAGCAUCGGAUUCAAUAUUUCAAUGGGUGGAAAAGCAGCUACACACGGAGUUGGUGCCCAUGGCGUUUGAUAUGGAGUGGCCUUUUUCAUUUCAAACUGGACCCGGUAAAUCCGCCGUAAUACAAAUAUGCGUAGAAGAGCACUGUUGCUACGUUUUCCAUCUGACCUACUUGAAGCGUUUGCCUGCUGCGCUAGUAGCAUUGCUAAAACACCCAAAAGUGCGACUACAUGGAGUAAAUAUAAAAAGUGAUUUUCGCAAGUUGGCGCGUGACUUUCCAGAGGUUAAUGCGGAUCAUCUUAUCGAGAAGUGUAUCGACUUGGGUGUAUGGUGCAAUCAAGUGUGCCAAACAGGUGGGCGUUGGAGUCUAGAUCGCUUGGCAAAUUACGUUGUCAAUCAAGCUGUAGACAAGAACAAAAAAGUACGAAUGAGUAAAUGGCAUGUCGUACCACUCGAUGAGAAUCAGCUGUUAUACGCAUCCAUUGAUGUUUAUAUUGGGCAAGUUAUUUACCGUGAGUUGGAGAAACGCGAACAAACUAAACUUAAGAACGAACUAGAGUUUAAAGAAACAAAUGGAGAAGCUGCUUUUAAAGCUAUUAAGACGUUAGGGGAGACUUUUCUAAAUAAAACUGAUGAAAUCGGAAAGUCCGAGUCGGCAGAGGAAAACCCUAAAACAAAAGAGAAACCUCAAAUGAAAAGAGAUAUUAUAGAAAAAUUAAUAAGCCAUUAAUCUUAAUGUUAAAAAUAUUUUUUCUUCCCAAACAUAUUUUGGACAUUGUGUGGAUGGUGCGAUUUAAAUUAUAUUGAUUCGUUUUAUUUUUACCAUCCACUUA